CUUCACGACGCGCUCACCUCCUCUGCGGGGCAUCCCUGUUUCUCUCUUCAAGUCUUCAAAUGCACGACUUCCACCGUCGGCACAAACAGAGGAUGUGGAGGCCCGGUUCGUGUUAACAGCACACGUUAAUAUGAGGAUAAAGAGAUAAAGAAAACGCCCUGGUAGAGUCCCAGUUAAGUUAAAAGAAAGUGGAGUGAUGAUGUUUGCUGUUGACUGAAGUCCACUCCAAGAAUCAAAAUGAAGAGGAGGCUGCUUCGUGGUUUCCUGUCCGAAGUUUCCAUCCGGAUGGCGCUGUUGGUUGUGUUCCUUGUGACAGAGCAGCUUCCUCCUUUCUACCGUGAGAUACAACCAGAGGAGAUGUGGUUGUAUAAAUUCCAUCGUGUGGAGAAAGACCACGUGCCCACCUCUCUUAUGUUUAGUGUGGCAGUUUUCACCCCACUGAUUGUAAUUCUGGUCUUCGCCUUCUUGAAGAAGUCAGAGCGAGGAGAUGUGAAGGAAGCCUCGCUGGCUGUGAGUUUGACUCUGGUGCUGAAUGGAGUUUUCACCAACGUCAUCAAACUUGUCGUUGGCAGGCCACGGCCAGACUUCUUCUAUCGCUGUUUCCCAGACGGUCAGAUGAACCUGGAGUUGCGCUGCAGCGGUGACCCAGAUGUCGUCAUGGAGGGCAGGAAGAGCUUUCCCAGCGGACACUCUUCCUUCGCCUUUGCGGGAUUGGGUUUCACGGCGCUGUACAUCGGAGGAAAGCUGCGCUGCUUUAAUGCAGCGGGCCGAGGCAGAGCAUGGCGGCUGUGUGCCUUCCUCAUCCCUUUACUCAUCGCAGCAGUGAUUGCCCUCUCCAGAACCUGCGACUACAAACACCACUGGCAAGAUGUAUUAGUGGGUUCUCUGCUGGGUCUCGCCUUCGCCUGGUUGUGUUACAGACAGCACUACCCUCCACUUCAGGACCCCGACUGCCACAGGCCUCUGCGUCACAGAGAGACUGUUCCCGCCGCACAGGAGCGCAAGCUGGCCAACUCCAACUACAUCCUGCCCCUGUAGAACAGCUGUAACUGGAUCGUACUCUUUACUGGUGUCACUUAUUCUGGGUUACAUGGUAAUCCUUCUCAUUCUGUUUUCUCACCCUAGGGCUGGGCAGUAUACCAAUAUUUAUUGUUAGUCGUCAAUCAUUGUAACGGUUUUGUAGGAGUUUUCUUUUUGUAUGGUGAAACAUGACAUGUAGUUUAUUUUCCAAACUAAAAUGACAAAUGUCACAUUUCAUCUGGAUGGUUUCUGAAACACUUGAGAGUUGCUGUAAAAUAACAACUCCGGUUAAACAUGGUGGACUUCAGCUACAUAAACAAGGUUUAAAGUGUAGGUUUUACUAACCUAAACAGACAUUAUCACAUACAACAUUCAUCAGUAUCUAAGGGUCUGGUGAAUAUAUUUAUUAUUAUCCAUCCAUAUGGCCCAGCCCUGCACACCCUGUGUAUUGUGCCUAUAGACCACAUGACUUUAAAUACUCCCAACAGCUGAGCAGGUCAACUACACAAGCACUGCACUAAUAGUCCACUGCCCAUUGAUCACUAGCUCAGCUGCUGAGAAACACUUUCUCUCAUGUAGGGUCACGAUUAUGUGAUUGUUUUUAAACUUGCAGCUUUUUCAACAAGCAGGGUCGAGACUAUACAGUUUGCAUACAGUAUAUACAGUUUAUAUACGGUAUAUACAGUGUCUAUACAGUAUGUAUAAAAGUAUAUACAGUAUAUACAGUUUGUAUACAGUUUGUGCAUGGACGUUCAUUUUGGAAACAGUAUAUGGUGAGGAGAGUCGGAGCUCAGCUUGGUGCCGAAACAAUUAGGUGGUUAAACCAGUAGGUGAAUUAAUCGACAACACUUUUGAUAAUUGAUUAAGCUUUGAUGUCAUUCAUCAGCCAAUAAUGUCAAACAUUUGGUGGUUGCAGCUUCACAACUGUGAAGAUUUGAAGACUUUUUUUUAUCACUGUAAAUUGAAUAUAUAAGGGUUGGACUCUUGGUAAGACAAAACAAGUGAAAAGUCGUCUUCAGCAAUUAAAUCUGGUUCAGGUGUGAUCACAAGACCUAAAUGUGAGACAAGAACCCAGGACAGGAGGCUGAAUGAACACCAUAAACACACAAACUCAGCUGACUGUGAAAGUCGUCACCUAGAAGUCAGAGGACUUCCUUAAACCAACACCAGAGUUACAAUCUCUCCACCGUAUGCAAACCACUUGAUAUCACAUGCUCAAAAGUUUAAAUUUAGGUUACGUGAUGCCACUUGAUGCCAGCUCCACUCACUAAAGACUGAGAUCAGGUUGAGAGUUUCAAAUAAUUAGCGAGUGGACCUUUGAGCUUAGAUUAUCCGCACCAUAAAGUAUUUAAUCCGACAGGGAAACUGGUGAAGAAACAGGUUUUCAUAUCUUAACGUAAGGGUGGGCGAUAUGGUUAAAAUUAACACAAAAUCUAUUGUCUGUAUAAUUUAUAUACAUUGAUAUCAUGUCAUAUUUAAUUGAGCUUCUGGAGAAUCAAUCCAGUUUAUGGAUAAAAUGUUCACACAGGAAUGUCCAUUAUUAAUAUUAGAGAUAUUAGAUAUUAGACAUUUUCUUAUCGUCAACAAAUUCUAUGAAGAGUCCAAAACCAACAAUGUUUCACAUCACUCUGUGUCUGUUUAUUCACACUGAAGGCUAAAAAACUUUAACAAUCACUCACUAAUAUACUUUAUUUAUUGUACUUGUCAUUUCUGAAAAAGGCUCAGUAUUUCAGCCAGGCACUGUAGUUUUUAGCUAAUGUUACUUAACGUGUUGUUGGGGGUCUAUUUUCAGUCGUGGAUUAAUACACAUUUAGUGCCCAGGUUGUUUUGGGGGGAAAAUGGAGAUCUAUGGCACAGAGGACUAAGAUCUACACAGACAAUAUCUAUCAGAGGGAUCAAUUCACUGUUGGUUUUGAUGUUUUCAUUAGAUUUGUUGACAAUAACAAAAGUACAUUUAACUUAAAAGGAUAGCUACCAUGUUAUUAACUGUACAGUAAAAUUUGACAUGUUGAUAUUGUCUCAUGGUUCACGUCAACAUACGGACCACUUCUAUCUGAAAGCACCUCUUUGGUUUCCUUCAAGUGUAAAACCACUUCUCUGUUUGAUCUCCACAGUUCUGCUCUACUGCCUCUGUCUCGAGUGCUUUAAAUCUCUCUGUCUUCCUAUAUUAUAUUUUGAAUGUUUCCAUUCACAGAUUGCUUGAAUAAUAUAUUCUGGAAAAGGGUUCAUAUGCCCAAUCUUCAGUAUAACGCCUCGAUGUAGCAGUUCCAGACAUCUCCUCUCAUAGUUGUUUGCUCCACAGCACAUCUGCUAACAUCACAAGUUAAUGUGACUGUAAAAGUGAGAUAAAUGUUUUCCUACAUCAGUGGUCUCAGGCUUACUGUAGGUCUGGUUUUUGUUACUGCACACUCUGCUGGCUCCUCUGCCGACCCGUCUAAAGUGUGAACGUUCACCAGAGAGGUGGAAAGAGGAGAGACGUGGUGUACAGGGGGUUGGUUGUUGGAGUGACAGAUCAGACUGUAACCUUUCCAGAUGAUGGUGCUCACCUCCCAGUGCUCCUGCUGGUCAGGUUUUCUAUCCUGUUAAUAGUUUUAUCGGCAUGCAAAGUUUGGUGGAAACAUUUGUUUUCGUUUGGUUUUUUUGGUAGUUUUCAUCGACUUUCAUUUAAGACUGUGAACGCUACCGUCUGUGGUCCGGUUAUUAUUUUUAUUUGUUUACUUUUUUUUGGUUUUAUCUUUUUGUUAAUGUUUGUAAGGUUGGUUUUCAAUUGGAAGGAACGUCAACUAUUACGUUCAGUUACUGUUGUAUGCAAGUUGAAAACACGAGAAACAACCAAACUUUUUAUGUUUUUGUUUGUGUGUGAAACCAGCCAAAGGUUUGCAGGGUCAAAGCACUUUUGCGCUGUGAAUCGAGCUUAAAGCAGGUGGAUCACAGUGGUUUCAGACCAAACUCGGUAAAAAAAACAGAUGAAUUUGUGCCUUUGUUUACUAUAUUACUCUUUAAUUAAUUAAUGAAGUAUAUACUGCAUGUUACAGUGUAUGCUCUCUGUCAUGUCGUGUACACAACUUUGUUCUCAAGCUUUACAUUUUUUUUUAUUGUUUUACAGUGUAUAGGUUUCAGGUGCAAAGAUACUACAUGAUGUUUAAAUGUGGCAUGCUGCCUUUCUUUACCUCUGUUGCUGAUGGAGUCAAAUGUGAAGAUUUCUAGGUGGAAACAUGUUAAAUUUACAACUGAGGGAGUAGCCAACUUUACUUUUUACAAACCUUUGAGAGAAAUCUCAAUCUACUCAAUCUUACAGGUAUUUAUGAGAUGAUGUACAGGUCUAAGUGUAUUUACGUUUGGGGCAUGUAGGACUUUACUUGAAUUUUGAAUAUUUGUUUGUUUACCUUAAAUGUUAUUAAUGUUAUUUCAUUAUAAUAGGAAUCAUAUUUGUGGGCAAAUGGGCUUCUGGGGGAUCUUUAAGACAAAAAAAAAAUGAAUGGGACUCUGCUGCAUUUUGAUAAAAUCCUGCAUGUUUUAGAGUUGAAGAGCAACAUAUUUUCUUCAUUAUUUCCUUCCAAACCCUCACAUUUCUAUCCAUUUCUAUUAAUUUAUGUGAAUUUCAGCACAUGUAUACUGUAUCAGGUUGAUGAUCGUGUCUGGUCUCCUUCAGAUCUUCUGUCAUGACGUAUAUUAAAACUUGCCUGUUUGCUUUACUUAUGUUGUGCUCAUCAUAAGUUUGCCUUGGCUUGUAGGAGCACAUAGCAGCCGCUAUCAUGCUGAUACAGUAUCCUGAUUGUACAUGUUGUGAUGCUUUUAAUGACUCUUUUGGUGACACUAAAUGAUGUUUCUAAAUAAUCUUGCAAUACA